CUCACGCCACAAGUCAUCCCAAAAAUCAGCCCAUGAAGGGCAUCCAAAUAAAAAAAUCAAAGACUGCUUCAUCUCCCCUACGCCUCUCCAACACAGCCAGGAAAAGCAGACGGACACGAUCUACUCACGAACAAGCUCGAGCUUCCCAGUCACAGGACUUUGAGCACCAUGUCAACAUCACAUCUCCCUGCAACUACAGAUUCAAUUGCUCAGGCUUUAGAAGCAAAAAACCCAUCUGAAGCCAUUUCUAUCUACUACAUCAUACUAGAGAACCCAUCUUCUUCUCCUGAAUCCCUCAGGAUUAAGGAACAGGCCAUUACAAAUCUCUCAGAUCUUCUUAGACAGGAGAAUCGGGCAGAGGAGCUUCGAAGCCUUCUGACCAAGUUGAGGCCCUUUUUUGCAUUGAUUCCCAAGGCAAAAACUGCUAAAAUUGUUCGUGGGAUAAUUGAUACAGUAGCUAAAAUACCAGGCACUUCUGAUCUUCAGAUUUCUCUGUGCAAAGAGAUGGUGCUGUGGACCCGUGCUGAGAAGCGAACUUUUCUUCGGCAGCGAGUUGAAGCAAGACUCGCAGCCCUUUUGAUGGAAAAUAAAGAGUAUUCAGAAGCAUUAAACCUGCUUUCUGGUCUGAUCAAGGAGGUGAGAAGAUUGGAUGACAAGCUUCUUCUUGUGGACAUAGACUUGCUGGAGAGUAAGCUCCACUUUUCUCUUAGAAACCUCCCUAAAGCCAAGGCUGCACUCACGGCAGCAAGAACAGCAGCCAACGCAAUUUAUGUGCCUCCAGCCCAACAGGGUACUAUAGAUUUGCAGAGUGGGAUCCUUCACGCAGAAGAAAAGGAUUACAAAACUGCUUACAGCUACUUCUUUGAAGCAUUUGAAGCUUUCAAUGCACUUGAAGAUCCCCGAGCAGUAUUUAGCCUCAAGUAUAUGUUGUUGUGCAAAAUAAUGGUGAGCCAAGCUGAUGAUGUUGCAGGAAUAAUAUCAUCCAAAGCAGGACUUCAGUAUGUGGGGCCUGAGCUGGAUGCAAUGAAAGCUGUUGCUGAUGCUCAUGCAAAACGCUCCUUGAAGCUCUUUGAGACUGCACUGCGGGAUUUUAAGGCCCAGCUAGAAGAAGACCCAAUUGUUCAUAGGCAUCUGUCAUCCCUAUAUGAUACUUUAUUAGAGCAGAACCUCUGCAGGUUGAUUGAGCCAUUCUCAAGGGUUGAGAUUGCUCACAUCGCUGACCUGAUUGAACUGCCCAUAGAUCACGUGGAGAAGAAACUAUCCCAGAUGAUUCUGGAUAAGAAAUUUGCUGGGACUUUGGACCAAGGUGCUGGAUGCCUCGUCAUUUUUGAGGAUCUUAAAACAGAUGCAAUCUACCCAGCAACGUUGGAGACCAUUUCCAAUAUUGGCAAGGUAGUUGAUAGCCUCUACGUGAGGUCUGCCAAGAUUAUGGCCUAAGGUUGUAGAUGUAGGAGGUGGUUCUGCUUGCUCCUUUACUUCUGAAAAGCUUUCUGUGCUUUGUUGCUGACAUGCAUUAUCAUUUCUUCAAUUGAUUUAGCCUCUGAUGUUUUGUGUAUCGAGUACAUCGAUAUCCACCAAGUUGGAGAACUGAUUAUCAUUAUUAUUAUUACGUUUUCUUACCGUGCUA